AUGGCGUGGCUGUCAGCGGUCGCUGUUCUACUAAUUCCAUCCUUUCUACUAAAUCUAGGCCCUUACUCUGUUUCUGCCCAACAUGGUACCGUAGGCCGGCCAUGUGAGGUAUCCACCGACUGCGGUACCGGUAACUAUUGUGCCGGUAAUAAGCGCUGUGCUUGCCUCACUACCUAUGUAGAAAUUGAUUCGUACUGUUGGCGAAAAAUCAAUCCCGGAGAGUCCGGAUGUACUCAAAACAGACAAUGUGAAGCCGUUUGGCCAGGAGCUUACUGUAGAUCUGGUGAAUGUCGCUGUGCCAAUAACCAACCUCCAUUCCGUACUCGUGAUGGACUUGUUUGCUUGAACUAUGGAUUCUGUCCAUUGAACGGUAACAAUCCUAAGUUCCGCAUUGAGAACCAAGUUCAACAAUGUUACGGAGGUGCUGACGCUACUUGCGAAGCUAUUGGAGCUUUGGCCUAUGAUUGUAUCUGUGAUUCUGACGACUGUACCGUUAACAAUCCCAUCAGUUUCUGUUGCCCAAGCAGAGCUUUCGCCUGUAUUCAACCACCAAAUGAGGGUUAUACCCCACCAGGAGGUGGAACUACUCUUAACCACUGGUAUCACGAUCCUAUCACUGGCGAAUGCCGUGAAUUGAAAUACCAAGGAUAUGGUGGAAACGCCAACAAUUUCCAGACAAAGGAUCACUGCGAAUCAUACUGUAAACAAACAUGUAACCGUGGUCUUCCAUUGUACCGUGAUCGUACAACUGGAGUCAAGCAAGAGCCAGUAUAUUGCCAAGGAAAUGAUAAUGGAUGUAACAAUCCAAACUACCAAUGUACCACUAUGGGAACUCUCCAGCAAUGCUGUCCAACCUAUCUUUUCAUCUGCUCUCGUAGCGGAGGUAUUCCAAGCGAAGUUUACAACACUGCUGGUGGUCUUCCAACUGAGUAUUUCGAUGUCGGAAUCCCAGAUGGAAGUGGUACAACAUCUCCAAGAUUCUACUAUGAUUCCCGUGAAGGACGUUGUAUUCAAUUCUCUUAUCUUGGUCAAGGAGGUAACUUCAACAACUUCUUAUCACAAGACCAUUGUGAGAAGUUCUGUUCCAGAAUUCUCUGUUCUGCUGGUGAACCUCUUAAGGAUUCUUCUGGUGAACGUAAUAUGGAAUGCUCCCCAACUGGAAGUGGCGCUAACUCCUGCCCAUCCACUCACUCUUGCGAAUCGACCUCCGGAUCCACAACAUUCGGUGGAGUCUGUUGUCCACGUCCGCAGUACGUGUGCAAGUUGCCCCGUGAACAGGGUAACUGCGGAACAUAUUCUAACCGCUGGUGGUUCAACGCUAAGACUGGAAACUGUGAAGAAUUCAUUUACUCUGGUUGCCAGGGUAAUGCCAACAACUUUGAGUCCUACAAGGAAUGUCAAGAUUAUUGUCGCGACGCUAGAAGCGAACCACAAUGUAUCCAAGGAACAGCUCUUACUGAUUCCAACGGUAACUUCAUCAUCUGCGGAGGAAGCUCAGCCGCUUCUACCACAUGCCCAGCCAACCAUUACUGCUACUACGAUGGAACCACUUACGGAUGUUGCCCAACUCAAGCUUACACUUGCUCUUUAUCUUACAAAUCUGGAGCUAGUUGCGGUCCAGCUGUUACCCGUUGGUACUACGACUCUACCACUCGUACUUGCCAGACAUACAGUUUCAACGGAUGUGAUGGAAACUCUAAUAACUUCGCUACACAACAGGAUUGUAAAGAUUACUGUAGAGUGGAGUCCUGUCCUGAUGGUGGAGAGGUAUGGAAGGAGCAAAACGGAGCUGCCCGUGCUUGUACAACAAACAGACAAUGCCCAUCUACUCACUACUGUACUCCCGUCACCACUUGGACCGGAACUGUCUACCAAACCAAGUCACUCUGUUGCCCAUCUAAGAACUACGUCUGUUCCCAACCUCGCGAUGUUGGAGUUCGUUGCUCUUCCACCAGAAUCAGCCGUUGGUACUUCAACGCCGACAGCAAGACAUGCCAAACAUUCGAAUACAACGGAUGUGAAGGAAAUCGCAACAACUUCGCCAGUCAAAAAUCCUGUCAAAACUAUUGCUUAUCUGAGUCAUGUCCACCUGGAACAGUCGUUGCUAAGGAUGGUGACGGUAGCCGUCUUGUCCAAUGUAGCAAUCCCGGAGGUAACGGAAGAGUAUCUGGAGGAUGUCCAGAUGGCUACACCUGCUACAGUUCCCCACUCUUGGAUCAGAACGUAUGCUGUGGAGCUAGUACAGAAUUACAAUCUCUUUGCCCAGCCCAAUCAACACCAUUCAUCUCGGCUUUAUCAUUACAGCCAAUGCAAUGUACACCAAAUGUUGAUGGAGCCUGCCCAGGAAACUUCUUCUGUUGGUUCUCUACCACAACUACUUCGGUUAAUGCCUUCUACUGUUGUCGCUCUCCUGAUAGUGUCGAUACUGGAUAUUGUCCACCUCAGCUUGUUCCAGUUCCAGGAGAAAGUGGAGCUCAAUACAAAUAUUGUUCACCAUCUGCUCCAUUAAAUGAUAACAUCCAAGGAUGCGGAGCUAACCGUCAUUGCCAAUUCAGUACCAACUUGGAAAGAUAUAUCUGUUGUGGUUUGGAAUCUGACGUUCGACUUCCAAACGUCUGUCCACCUCAACCAGCCAAUCUUGUUCCUGUGGAAUUGGCCGGUAACUAUCGCACUUGCAAUCCAUAUGCUCGUAACGGAACACCACAGAGUUGUCCAGAUAACUCUGCCUGUUUAUACACCGGAAACGAGAAUGGAUUCAUUUGUUGCCGAGUCCAGCUGGGAUCUGGAGGAAAAGCUUAA